GGGGCCUCCCAGGUAGAACUGAGGGGGGCACCGCGCGGCCGCGGGGGAGCGGCGCCGGACUCUAGAGGCUUUGUAGGGGGCCUGAGGGCUGCGGGGCGGGACCGAGCAGGGCGGGGCGCUUAGGUGGCCUCGGGGGAGGCGGGGCUUGGAGGCUCCGCCCCUCAGGCCCCGCCUCCUCCCCGGCUAGUCUUUGGCCGCCGCCGAACCCCGCGCGCCACUCGCUCGCUCAGAGGGAGGAGAAAGCGGCGAGUUCCGGAGCCCUGCCUAGCGCGGCCCAACCUUUACUCCAGAGAUCAUGGCUGCCGAGGAUGUGGUGGCGACUGGCGCCGACCCGAGCGAGCUGGAGAGCGGCGGGCUGCUGCAUGAGAUUUUCACGUCGCCGCUCAACCUGCUGCUGCUUGGCCUCUGCAUCUUCCUGCUCUACAAGAUCGUGCGCGGGGACCAGCCGGCGGCCAGCGGCGACAGCGACGACGACGAGCCGCCCCCUCUGCCCCGCCUCAAGCGGCGCGACUUCACCCCCGCCGAGCUGCGGCGCUUCGACGGCGUCCAGGACCCGCGCAUACUCAUGGCCAUCAACGGCAAGGUGUUCGAUGUGACCAAAGGCCGCAAAUUCUACGGGCCCGAGGGGCCGUAUGGGGUCUUUGCUGGAAGAGAUGCAUCCAGGGGCCUUGCCACAUUUUGCCUGGAUAAGGAAGCACUGAAGGAUGAGUACGAUGACCUUUCUGACCUCACUGCUGCCCAGCAGGAGACUCUGAGUGACUGGGAGUCUCAGUUCACUUUCAAGUAUCAUCACGUGGGCAAACUGCUGAAGGAGGGGGAGGAGCCCACUGUGUACUCAGAUGAGGAAGAACCAAAAGAUGAGAGUGCCCGGAAAAAUGAUUAAAGCAUUCAGUGGAAGUAUAUCUAUUUUUGUAUUUUGCAAAAUCAUUUGUAACAGUCCACUCUGUCUUUAAAAAACAUAGUGAUUACAAUAUUUAGAAAGUUUUGAGCACUUGCUAUAAGUUUUUUAAUUAACAUCACUAGUGACACUAAUAAAAUUAACUUCUGUCUUAGAAUGCAUGAUGUGUUUGUGUGUCACAAAUCCAGAAAGUGAACUGCAGUGCUGUAAUACACAUGUUAAUACUGUUUUUCUUCUAUCUGUAGUUAGUACAGGAUGAAUUUAAAUGUGUUUUUCCUGAGAGACAAGGAAGACUUGGGUAUUUCCCAAAACAGGUAAAAAUCUUAAAUGUGCACCAAGAGCAAAGGAUCAACUUUUAGUCAUGAUGUUCUGUAAAGACAACAAAUCCCUUUUUUUUUCUCAAUUGACUUAACUGCAUGAUUUCUGUUUUAUCUACCUCUAAAGCAAAUCUGCAGUGUUCCAAAGACUUUGGUAUGGAUUAAGCGCUGUCCAGUAACAAAAUGAAAUCUCAAAACAGAGCUCAGCUGCAAAAAAGCAUAUUUUCUGUGUUUCUGGACUGCAUUGUUGUCCUUGCCCUCACAUAGACACUCAGACACCCUCACAAACACAGUAGUCUAUAGUUAGGAUUAAAAUAGGAUCUGAACAUUCAAAAGAAAGCUUUGGAAAAAAAGAGCUGGCUGGCCUAAAAACCUAAAUAUAUGAUGAAGAUUGUAGGACUGUCUUCCCAAGCCCCAUGUUCAUGGUGGGGCAAUGGUUAUUUUGUUAUUUUACUCAAUUGGUUACUCUCAUUUGAAAUGAAGGAGGGACAUACAGAAUAGGAACAGGUGUUUGCUCUCCUAAGAGCCUUCAUGCACACCCCUGAACCACGAGGAAACAGUACAGUCACUAGUCAAGUGGCUUUUAAAGUAAAGUAUAUUCAUAAGGUAACAGUUAUUCUGUUGUUAUAAAACUAUACCCACUGCAAAAGUAGUAGUCAAGUGUCUAGGUCUUUGAUAUUGCUCUUUUGGUUAACACUAAGCUUAAGUAGACUAUACAGUUGUAUGAAUUUGUAAAAGUAUUAUAUGAACACCUAGUGAGAUUUCAAACUUGUAAUUGUGGUUAAAUAGUCAUUGUAUUUUCUUGUGAACUGUGUUUUAUGAUUUUACCUCAAAUCAGAAAACAAAAUGAUGUGCUUUGGUCAGUUAAUAAAAAUGGUUUUACCCACUA